GUCGCUGCCAUGAAUUCAAAAGAUCCAAACAAAUCCAAAUUAAUUACUAAAAUUUAGAAAAUUAAAUUUAAAGAAUAAGAAAGAGAGAAGAAAAGAAAAAGGAAGACUUGACAGAAAUUAGAUGGUAUGCUUUUUUGCUUCUUCUACUCAUAUAGCAAACAGGAAAGUGGUACUGUAAGAAGAAAACAUUUUUGGAGUCUUCAUAGCCGAGCCCUGGAAAAAGUCGCAAAUCUUCUUUAACUUUUUCGCUUUAAACACCAGAUUUCUCAUUGCUUCAAAAUACGACGUCCUUGGGUUGCUAGGUCUUUCAAAACGACACCGCUUUUAUUCCUUCUGGCCUUUUUUGAGGGGGGCCUGGCCUCUCUUUUUUACGAAUGGAACAAAAAUCAUUAUAAAACAAAACAAUCCUCGAAUAGAAUUUCAGACUCUUUCACAAAAUCUAGGUUUCUCCCUAGACUCCCGAGAAUUUUUGUCUUCUUAAAUUUUUUUCCUUCCUCUGUUUGGCUGCCGAGAAAAAAAAAAAGGCGAUACAAUGAUGAUACAUCAGACUCACUUCCUCCAUGCUUGACAUUGUUUCUUCUGUGCUAUUCGACCUGUAUUCUUCUUCUGAAUAUAAACCAAGUUUCAGCUAUCCAACACUUAGUUGAUCUCAUUCCUUUCAUUUUCUUUUGUUCCCUUCUAUGUUCUUAUGUUUUCAAAGUAAGUCUCGUUCUCUUUAAAGUAACUGUGAAAAGGAUGGCUUUGUUUUGGUUUUGAGAAUCUUUGAAGGCUCGCUGCUUGGCUUGUUCUGGUGCGGUGUCGCUUUUUUGGUUCUUUUUUCCCCCUUUUUUUAAUUCAUUUGAAAAAGUCCUAUUUGAAUGUUUCUUCAAUGGCGGAUUCCACGAAAGUGAGGCUCGUACGUUGUCCAAAGUGUGAAAACCUUCUUCCGGAGCUCGCUGAUUACUCUGUUUAUCAGUGCGGUGGUUGUGGCGCUGUUCUUCGUGCAAAAACUAAAAAUGGGGACACAGAUACUUCACCACAAAUGUCGGAUGAAGCUCAGAUCGCUGGAGUAACCACUCAAUUGCAGAAUUCCUUAGAAAAGCAAGAUCCGGAGUUGAGUGAUUCAUCUGAUGUGGAUAUCAAGUCAAAUGAUGGAUCUUUGAGUACUGAUGAAAAGAAUCCCCGGAAGAAUUGUAUAGGUGAUGAUGAUGCUGAUAGAUGUAGGAAUCAAUCUAAUGCUACAAGCGGUAAAUUGGUAAUUGAAAAUGAUCUUGACAUGGACAUAAGCGGAGAUAAAUUGGGCAGUGCUGUAGGGAGAGAAAAUGGCGAUUUGAAUUCUGAAAUCAGACAUUCAACUAGGUCUUGGAGAUCUGGAAAGAUGGCAGGCUGGGAACAUGGGGAGAGAGGUGAAAUGGAGAGGCUUCAAGGAGCCCUGACAAAUGAGGUUGAAAGUGUGAGAUUUUCUACUUCAAACUACCCAGAUGAGGGCCCAUCUAAUUACAAUGUGGGUUCUUCAUAUUGUCAUGAAGGGCCUUUGAGGGAUCAUGAUGGCCAUGAUGAGGCUACUAAAGCUCAACACCUUGCAAAAGAUCGAGCAGAGCUUCUCAGGAAGUUGGAUGAGCUAAAGGAACAACUUAGUAGGUCAUAUGACGUGGCUGAUAAAACGAAGAAGGCUCCCCUUAACAGGAGGAUAGCUCCACCAGGUCCUUAUGUUGGUUCUGAUACUUGGUUUCCUGGUGCUUCAUCGGUGCCUGAUAGAGCUUCUAUGCAGUUUUUUGCACCUGAUCAACAUGCACCCAAGCCUCCUUAUUUCCAUCACCAACCUGAUCCAUUUUCAUAUAACAAUGCACAUGAAAUGGCCAUGCAUAAUUUUCAUCCUUUAGUGCACAAGUCAAAUCAGAUUCCUGGCUUUGGGGAUCCAUUUUUGCUCAAAAGAGCUUCACAUCAGUUAUCUGGACAAUACCAACAACCAUCCAGUCAAUACUUCUCUAGACAUUUCUUUGAUACUAAUCCUGAUCCAUAUGAGACAUACACAUCCAAUGCCACCUUUCACCAACCCUCAUGUUCUUGUUUCCAUUGUUAUGAGAGACAUCAGGGAGUUCCAUCCACCACUUUCUGUAAUAAAAGGUUCCCUGAUGUUUCAAACAAUCCUAUUGUGUACCAACAUGAAAACCAUGGGGCAUUUCCCCCACCUGUUCAUAAUGCUAGGACUUCUCGUCCUCCUCCGUCAGAUUUUCGUGGUUCCCUGUCCAACACAAGAUGGCCUAGCGAUCCUAACUCUGAAAUGGGUGGUUUUGCUCGUUAUCGGCCUCGGAAAGUGGUCUUAGCAAGCGGUGGCCGAUGCUGCCGACCUAUAGUUGGUGGUGCUCCAUUUCUUACAUGUUUUAAUUGCUUUGAACUUCUGCAGUUUCCCAAGAAAGCAUUGCUUAUGAGGAAGAAUCAACAAAAGAUGAGUUGCGGUGCCUGUUCUACAGUAAUAAAUUUUUCUAUCAUAAACAGGAAACUUGUUCUUUCUUUUAACACAGAAAUGACAAAAUGUCCGGCAGAAGGUGAUGAUAGCUCUACUGAGAUGCUUAAAAACAAUGCUUCGUACUCCCAUGGCCGUAUGAGCAGAAUAAAUGCCAACUUCUCUUCCAAUGAUUAUGAUAAUUCUGGUUAUGACUUCCAAGCAGUAGACACUGAUUCAAUCGCAUUAUUAACAGGCCAGGGUUUGAACACAAUGAAGCAUCAAGAAAUGAACGGCUUUCAUGCUUCAUCUCCAAGUGCCUCUGAGAAUGAAACUAGUCCAGAUGCUUUAAUUGUUCCAAGAGAGGUUGUCAACUCUAUUCAGCAGCCAAUUAAGGCUGGUUUAUCUCCACCACCUUCUGGUUCACCUCUUCAACAGCAUUUUGAUUACUCUACCAGCAGUAAUGUGGUGAACCGAUUUGGAAAGGGAAACAGAAGUAGUCGCUCAGAUCAAGAAAAAGUGAUUACAAGCAAAACUACAACGCGUCAAAAUUCUAUGAAAGAGAGAUCUCUGGCUACUGAGAUAGAGGUUCCAUUCCAUGAGUACUCUAAUACUGGGGUGUCCCAAGAUUCUGGGGAUGCAAACAGGGAAGAUAGUCAGUUGAAAAUCACCAAAGGUGGUGAAUCAUUUUUUGCAAACAUUAUCAAGAAGAGCUUUAAGGAUUUUUCCAGAUCAAAUCAAAGGGAUGAGCGUGGUAGAAGUAAUGUCUCUGUGAACGGCCAUCCAAUACCAGAUCGUUUGGUGAAGAAGGCGGAGAAGUUGGCUGGACCAAUCCAUCCUGGACAGUAUUGGUAUGAUUCGCGAGCUGGAUUUUGGGGUGCCAUAGGUGGGCCUUGUCUUGGCAUAAUUCCUCCUUUUAUUGAAGAGUUCAAUUAUACAAUGCCAGAAAAUUGUGCGGGUGGGAAUACUGGUGUUUUUGUAAAUGGUAGAGAACUUCACCAAAAAGAUUUGGAUCUGCUUGUUGAUAGAGGACUUCCAACUGAUAGAGACAGAUCUUACAUCAUUGAGAUCUCUGGAAGAGUGCACGAUGAAGAUACUGGCAAAGAGCUAGAUAGCCUUGGGAAGCUCGCUCCAACAGUUGAGAAAGUAAAGCAUGGAUUUGGCAUGAAAGUUCCAUAGCAGCUGUAUAAUGAAACUGUGGGUGACAGGAACCCUUAAUGUGGCCUCUGGCAUGUGGUAACAUCUUAAGCCUUCCUGUAGUGGAAUUUGAGAACCAUCUGCAGGUCUUCUGGCAUCAGGGUACGUGUUGAUGCAAUGUUGGAUCGUAACCUAUCAAAUAUAAAGCUUCCUCUCUCAUCUGAGAAUUUUGGAGUUUGAUUGUUAUGUAGCCAACUCCAGCAAUCAUGCGCUAUAUUUUGCAUUUGUGAUGUAAUUAUGCAAUUCUUUUUCACAGUCAAACAUUUCCUUUAUAUGUAGUUUGAGUUCAUAUGUGGAAUGGUAUUCAUAACGUUGAAGCUAGUAAUAUAAUUUCUGGAUCAAAUCCAGCAGAAAUUGAUAAGCUUCUAGUCAGGGAACUGGGUUAUAUUCUAUACCCUAUUUAUUGGUACUGGAUCUUUUGAAAGGGCUUGGUUUUUGUAGUCGGCUCAGUCGAAUUACUUGAAGGUUGGAAUUUCCAAAG